AUGGUUUUCCGUCUGCCAACCCAGCUCGAGAGUCUCGUCCCUCCUCCAUACGAUCAGCGCCCCCAGCCGCCACCGUGGCGAGGCUCUAUAAUCGUGAGCGGAUUGAGGAGCUCCGACCGUGGCAGCAGUCAGGAAAUCUUCGUCACCGCAGUUGAGACUGACGGCGAAAACAGGGCACAACAAUGGCCUCAAACAUUCUUUGUUCGCAUCUUACAUGACCAGCCUGUUCUGAACGAAUUUCAAACUUGGGUCAAGGCCUGUAUGCCGCCCAUGCCUCUUUGCACUUUUAUGCCGAAUCGUCUACGGGAAACGAACCUCCACACGGUCAACCAAGCCAACUUCCGCUCUUUAUCCCGCGCACUCUUUGAAAACAAUACAAUUGCCAUUGCUUCUUGGGAGCCUAACACUUUCCCUGGUGCCGGGAUGGUUAUCUACCCCGCACAAAACUCGAGCGCAGUGCUCGUGGGUGCACUGUUUUUUGAGAUGCCUUUCCCUCAUUUCAUUGCCGGUGUACAUUCCCCGAUAAUGCCCAUUUCCCCCCACGCAAUGCAACAUGCACCCAGACAGCCCCAUUAUCAGCAAAGGAUAUCUACCGCCAUUCCUUACGGUUCUUCACCUCAUCAUCGUCCUUCCCUGUCUCCCCAUCAUUCUGAUCACAAUAGUCCCAUAGAGCCUAUUGCCGCACAUCGUCAAGACCCUAAUUUCCGCUACAUAAUGCCACGUUCCAAUCAUCCAGCUUAUAACGUUGGACAGCCAUCUUCGUCUUCGGAGGCACCAGCCUGGUCCACUAUUAAAGAUGAAGAUGAAAACAAUUACGCCGCAUAUUCUGCGCACCAACACCCUCCUUACAGCUAA